AUGCGAUCUGACGAUCUGACCUCAGCCAUCAAUUCAAUUCUGAUCUUUGUAACUUUUUCAGGUUGCAAAUUGUUUGAGUCAAUUUGCGACUCAUCGGAGGAGGAUCUUACUGAUGCUCUUAUCAAUCUUAAUCAAAAUGUGAGAGACAUUAAUGGAGAAAUCCUGUCAUAUGAAAGUUUUAAGCAUUUUAAUAAAAAUUUAAAAUUCAAGGAAAACUCAAUCAAAGAAAGAUAUCCAAUUUAUGCUGGAGAGGAUUUCUUGCAACUACAAGAUUCCUUGGUCGGGAAAGAAAGAUGGGCCAUGUUCUGGUAUAAAGUCUAUAAAUUUCAAACAUCCAGUUUAGGUUCCCUAGAAGCAUUGCAAAUGUUUAAUUUGGGACUUAGAGAUCAUAAAUUUAUCUUUCCAGUUGAACUUAUUCCAGAAUUUCCAAGACUUAGACUUCCAUUUUGUUCAUUAUGUCAAGAAUUAGAUGUUACUGAAGACAUUAUUCAUUUAUUUCAAGAUUGUCCAAUCUCAAAACAAGUAUGGGAAGUUCUUUCCACAGAUAAUCGUUCUCCAUUAAUUAGUUCACUGGUAGCACCACAUCUGGCUAAUAAGCAACAGCUGCUUUUGUUAUCUAAGUUUAUUGGUAUAGUUUGGGCGUUACGUCAAUCUCGUCGUCGGGUUAGAGAAGUUCCUUCUAUUUCACCACAACACAUUUUGGCAGAAGUGACAAGAUUUUUGAAGACCGAGAACCAGAUGGUUAGAACUUAUUCUCAUCAGAGAUAA